AACAUAUCAAAAAAACACGAACUAAUACCCCACUGGUUCACCACACUACUUCCUUACCUAGUGAAAAUCAGUCUAUUCAGCAACCCUAAAAUACAAUGUCUUAUUUGACUUGGAAACUCCACAUUUUCAGGUAUCGUAGAGACUGCAAUCGGACUGCGCCCAGAAGAGGAUAGAAUGAGCAUAGUCAACAGAGUUGAGUUCAGAGGAUUUGGAGGUGAAUUUGGUAAGAACAAAAGGGUUGCCUUGCAGACCCAGUUUGAAGAUGAGGCUAUGGACUUGGAAAAGUUUUGGGAGGGCGUCGCAGGAUUGGAGGAGAUCCAGACAGCUCUCGUCUGGUCUUUGGUUACCAUUGGAGUUCUUCCAUUUCAUACCUUCAACCUUCAAGGAAGAGAGUUUAUAAGAAAUUCCUUCCAGAAAAAACGUAGUAUGAAGAUUUACAUAAAAGGGUCCACCACCGUAUGCCCUGCUCAAGAUACACCAAGCCAACGCCUAUGGAUUUCUGGCCUAGAUUUGCGAGUGAUGCAAAGGAAGCAUGCACCCCUUCUGUACUUCUACAAACCAACUGGCUCCUCUGAUUUCUUCCAAGCUCAAGUGCUCAAGGAAGCUUUAAGCAAAAUUCUUGUGCCAUUUUACCCUGUGGCAGGUAGGUUGGGAAGAGAUGAAAGUGGUAGAAUUGAGAUAGUGUGCAACGCCGAGGGAGUGUUAUUCUUAGAAGCUGAAGCUGUUGGCAUUCUUGAUGACUUGGGUGAUUUUGCACCGAGCUCAAAACUUCAACAACUGCUUCCAACUGUUGAUUAUUCUGGAGAUAUAUCCUCAUAUCCGCUUCUUUUGAUACAGGUAACUACUUUUAAAUGUGGAGGAGUCUCCCUUGGUAUUCACAUUCAUCAUGCCUUGGCAGAUGGUACAUCGAUAUGCCAUUUCAUUAAUAGCUGGUCUGACAUGGCCCGAGGUCAGUCCCUCAACGUUUCACCUUUCCUUGACCGCACCCUUCUCCAUUCCCUUGUGCCACCAGCUCCAUCUUUUCGCCAUGUUGAAUAUGAUUCAUGUCCAUCAAUGAUCACUCCCAUCUCAUUUCCUGGAAGUCUUUCUGCGUCUAUCUUCAAGAUCACACAAGAUCACCUAAACAACCUAAAAGCCGAGUGUUACAAAAAUGGAACCACUACUACAAAGUAUAGCACCUACAAUAUCCUAGCUGCACAUGUAUGGCGUUGCGUAAGCAAAGCACGAUGCCUCUUACACAAUCAAGCAACAAAGCUAUCCAUGUCAGUUAAUGGAAGGCACAGAUUGCGUCCUCCCCUCCCAUCAGGCUACUUUGGCAAUGCUAUCUUUCGAGCUUCAACAAUAGCUCUAUCUGGUGAUCUCCAAACAGAACCGUUAGUGAAUACUGUAGAAAGAAUACACACAGCACUGAACCAGAUGGAUGAUCCAUACCUGAAGUCAGCUCUUGCCUACUUGGAGAAAGUUCCUCUCAAUCAAAUUUCUUCAUCACCAAGUGACCAUGAACAGCAAUGCCCAAAUGUUUUCAUCAACAGUUGGCGCUUCCCUAUUCAUGAUGCAGAUUUUGGGUGGGGUCAUCCCAUAUUCAUGGGACGGGGGAGUAUCGGUGAAGGGUGGAUAUACAUACUACCUAGCCCAACUGAUGAUGGUACCUGGACAUUGAUAGCAGGCUUAGAGACCUCUCACAUGAAGCUCUUUCAGCAGCUCAUUUGUCAGAAGCUCAUUUGUAACCUAUGAUAUCCUCCAUGGCUUAACCUAUGUUUGUCUACUUGUUGGUGAUACUGAUUCUUAAUAUAUAUAUAUGUUAACCACCUAAUAUUCAAAAGUUACUUUAAAUUUUAAUUAAUUUAGAGUCGAAUUGAAUCUAAUUUAAUAAAAAGAACUCUUUUAAUGUUUGUUUUUUUAUUUAUAAGGGUCAAAAUCAACAUAAGUAAAAUUAAACUCUUUCCACUCAAACCAAUCAUUUUAGUGAUGCUGAUUUUGUUAGUGGGGAACAUUGGUUUCACCGUGCUUGUGCUCCUGGUGACGAACAAAGGCGCUGGGAAGGUGGUUUCCGAUAAAGGGUUCCAGCAGUACAGGACCGGAGAUUACUCCCUCUGGUUGGAGAGGCAUUUUGUGAAUGAGAAGAAGUGGGAUCGGAUUAGGAGUUGUUUGGUGGAGUCCCGUAUCCGUAAGAGUCCUGGGAAUAAAGACGAGCUAGAUUUUUUCAAGAAGUCUCUGACAUCCUUACAGGUAUAUAUUACAUUGUUUAUUUAAUUUUUUUCCCUUCGUUUCAAAUUAUGUUUGUUUGAUUGAUUUCUUCCAUGAAAACUAAGACAUAAGACAUGAAAUUGAGCCCUUAAGCACUAAAAUGAUGUUGUUCAAGGGCAUGCUGGUACUAGACAAUGAAGCAUGAAACAAGGA